AUGAUCAGACUUGAAAAGCAGCCGGUGUAUGGAAAGAUUUAUCAGAUAAGGUACAGCAACAGGGCAGCGCUAGAUAUGUUUCGAGACACAGUAGUGAUACAGACAUAUGGGAAGAAGCUCGAUGGAAGCAUUAUAUGCACUAAUGAGACUGAUCUACUACAGAUUCUAAAAGGGCUCAUGUAUGAGAAGAGAGACAUACUGUUGCUGAGUCCAUCUACUCUGGCUAUCACAAACGAUGUUUACAAGAUGUUUCGAAGGUUGAAUUCGGUUGGGAUAUCGCUUUUCAUGCUUACUCUACAGGAAAAGCCUGUUUGGUAUGCAGAUCUAGUUGCUAGUAUAUAA